GGCGGGCCCGGCAAGCGCCGCCAUGGACCGUGUCGCCAUGAUAAAAACUUGGCCUCCCCUCCCCGCCCCUUGCCUCUUGCUCCCUCCGCACAGCGACCCGACGGCAGGCCCCCCACCCUCUUCUCCACCCCAACCAUGGCCAAGGUGUCCCCCCAGAAGAGGACCACCGUCGAGCAGACGCCCUUCGUCGUCCCUGACCUCACCGUUAAGGACCUGCUGUCCGCCAUCCCGGCGCACUGCUACAAACGGUCCGCGGUCAGGUCGAUGAGCUAUGUGGUCUACGACCUUUUCCUCUUAUACUGCAUCUACAAAGCCACCGUCUUUGCGGAUGCCAGGAUAGCCCCGGAGCACAUCUCCUUCCCUAACCCGCACCUUUACACCUUCGCGCGGUUCGCCCUCUGGGCGCUCUAUAGUUUCGCGAAUGGACUGGUCGGUACUGGUCUCUGGGUCCUUGCGCAUGAAUGCGGUCACCAAGCGUUCUCCGAGUCCAAGACUAUCAACAACACCGUUGGCUGGUUCCUCCACUCAGCGCUUGGUGUACCGUACCACUCCUGGCGCAUCACCCACGGCAAGCACCACGCCUCGACCGGACACAUGACGGAAGACCAGGUGCACGUGCCUAAGACGCGUGCCCAGGUCGGCCUGCCUCCUCUUGACCCCGAGCGGGAGGACUUGCUCGGCGCCUCCGUCACGGAGGAAGUCAAGCAGGAGCUCUAUGACGCACUUGGUGACACACCUAUCGGUGCUUCUCUCAGCGUGGCUAGCUACUUGCUUGCGGGAUGGUGGUUCUACCUCAUCAAGAAUGCCUCUGGCCAGAAGAGGUACCCCAAGGGAACCAACCACUUCGCUCCUGACGCUACGAUGUUCGCUCCUCACCACCGUGAUCAGAUCUUGAUCUCUGACGUGGGCAUUGCGCUCUGGCUGGGUGCCGUGUGCUGGGCUGUCUACACCUAUGGUUUCUUCGAGGUCUUCCGUGUCUACCUCAUGCCCUACCUCUGGGUGAACCACUGGUUGGUGCUCAUCACCUUCCUCCAGCACACCGACCCCCUGCUCCCCCACUACCGUGCGCCUGAGUUCACCUUCCCCCGUGGUGCGCUUACCACCCUCGACCGCAACACUCUUGGUGACUGUGGCCGCAUCAUGGGCUGGCUCGGCGCACACCUCACGCACGGGAUCUCGGAGACCCACGUCGCGCACCACGUCUCGUCCAAGAUUCCGCACUACAACGCGUGGGAGGCCACGGAUGCGCUCCGCAAGCGGCUCGCGCAAGCCGGCCUGAUGCCCCUCCAGGGCGCCCCUGUCGGGUGGGCGGAGAUGUACCGUGUCUUCCGUGCAUGCAAGUUCGUCGAGGACGAGGGCGACAUCGUCUUCUACAAGGACGCGCGCGGCCUCGCGCAGACCCGCCCGGUGUUCAACGACAGCAGCGUCAGCGACUCCGGCAUCGAGCUCGACAAGGACGCGUAGACGUUCUUGCUCGUGUCUUCCUUAACCCCCGCUCUGUUGCUGUCGCUAUCGUCUGUCUUUGUGUCUCCCCGUGCGCUUUCGUCGGUGCUGUAGUAUAAUCAGCCUUCUCGCUCUCGCAUGCGGUGGCGCCGCGUAGAAGAGGGGGCGGAGAGUGAUAGCACAAAAUACGUACCUACCGGUGUUGGUGCUGCUUGGGAUAGUAGAUCCUAGAGAGUUAGACUAGAGUUGUCAAUGGGACAAGUUCGUAUCACUCAUACUGUAUGCUUGACUUCACACAAGCUAUGGUGCUGCUGAAGUGUGUAACGACAGUUUUGUGAUUUCAUGUCUUCGCACUCGGUUCGCAUUUGCA